UCACACAAGUAAUGAUUAAAAUACUUCCACUUACACUACUUAAAAUACCCCAAGUACCUAUUUUUAGAUGGUCCUCUGCUUUCCUUAAUUUAUUGUCCAACCCAAAGGAAUUAAAUUGGAGGGAGUAUUAAAUAUUUAGCACCGUGCCAAUGACCGAAAACGGCUAUCCUACAUUCAUGGAGCAAUUACUCAUGAAGUUAUGAUCAAAUCAUAUAGCAACACUUGAAGAAAAACUGUACUCGGGAGUAAAUUUCAAUACGGCAAUACUCCAGUUCCAGAGGAAGUAACCCUAAAUUCCGAAUUUAAACCAUCAGUGUUUUAAUCAUCAAACUUGAUGGCAAAAGUAAUUGCGAAGACUUCAAAUUGUGAUAAAAAGGAUCGACCAAUAAUGGCGUUACUUGCUGGUUUUUGACAGAAUGGCAUCUUCUUCGUCUCAUGUAAUCGAAUUUGCGUCUUCGGAAGCCAACGCAUUGAGGAGGUUCUUGGAUCAUUCCACCCCGUACAUGCAUCAACUUGGUAUCAGAGCCGCGUUUCGAGGAGGGACACGAUCAAGAAGAGUCGAGAAGAUCAGGUAAAAGAGGGCAAUAUACACACCUGGUAAGAACAAUUUGGAAAAUCAGGUUGUGCCAUUUUUUUGUUCAAUUUCACGAAUACAGGUACGAAUUCGAUCUUAUACUUUUAUAAUUCGAUCCUUCUUUGUUAAUUACUCAUUUUUGAUUAAGAAAUACGCAUUAUAUCUUGUCGUUGUACGAAUUUGAUUGUAAAAAGAAAAAAUCUGGAAAACUGAUUGUUGAAUGAAUGAAUGUGUAUCACUUUAAUUUCUGAAAAAUUUGUUUCUGAACCAUUAUACGUAUCAAAUUGUGUCCAUUAAGCCAUUUGAAUUCAAUUCUUGAAUGUCCCGAAUGCAUACUCAUUGAAAUUUGAUGACAAUUGCGAUUUAAACAUUCGAACCAAAGUCUUCGCUGAGAAAACUGGUAUACGCGAUUUUGAUUCUUGUAAUUUGAUUCCUUGAUUGUUGUGAACGUGAUUUCUGAUGGGAAUUGGAUUGAAUUUGUUGUGAAUCAUUGAGUAUUACGUUUUUCUUUCAAAGAUUGAUCAUAACAAUCUGAUUUGCGAAAUUUAUUCUGAAAAAUUAGGGUUUGGUAUUUGUGGAUUUAUCUUUGUUCUGAAAUUUUAAGGUUUGCACUUGUUGUUGCGUUAAUUGUCUGAAACAAUUAAUAUCAUUAGGCUAAUCAUUGAAUUCAUGUGCGAAAUUUGUAAUCCAUGAUAUCACAUUCUUGGUUUUUCAUUGCACAAUCACAAUUAAAAACAGAAAACCAAGUUAGGGUCAGAAUUCCUUUUGUUGCCCAGAAAUUCAUGUGCAUUGAUCACUUUUGUGAGAAAUUUUGUUCUUCUUUCUGUAUCUUUGACUAAAAUUGAUUCUAAUCAAGAGAUUUUCGUGUAAAAAUUUCAAAAAAAUCCAAACUCUAAGUUUCUGGGUGCUUUCCCUCUUGCUGCUGGCAGUAGACAGUAACUCCUUUUGUGCUGUAUCAUUGUGUAUUCAUCUUUGUUCCUGAUAUAUUGUGGUAUUGAGGACAAGAUGCAUACUGAGGAGAGAUUGAAUAAGAUGGCUCUUGCCAUUACACAACUCACAUGUGCAGUGACCAACCUUGUUCUAAAUGAGGGAAGAUUAACAAAUCUUACACCCCUACCUCCAUGCACGACCAUGACUACUCCUACAAAACAAAACAAAACAAGAUAUGUGCUGACCAAACGUGACGGGUAUGAGGAAGUUCAGAUUAGGAGAGGAUCUAGGCAUUUGGUCAUAAGAAAAACUAAUGAGAAACAAGACCAACAGCAAAAUAAAAAAUUGAAAGCAAUAGAGGAUGCACCAGUAGACCUUGAAUUGACUAAGCCUACGAAUGUUGAUGAUAUUGAGAUAAAUAAAGUGUCUUUGAAAAAUCCAUAUGCAUACUGUAAUGAAAAUGAUUUUCACUUCAUGAACAAUAAGGAAACGAGCUGUCUUGUGAAUAAAAGCUUCACCACAGAGAUUAGUGAGGAACAAGUGAAACAACAAACCAACACAUUGAAUUCAGUACAAGAUGAAGCACUAGACACUGAACUGAUUAAGAUUAUACAUGUUGAUAAUGUUGAAUUAAACAAACUGCACUUGCAAGCUUUAUCUACAUGCUGUGAGAUGAAUGGUUUUUGUUUCAUAGAAGAUACAAUUGCUGACUUUGCUGUUUGUUGUAGGUACCAUACAGAUGAGAUACAGCAAGCUGUAGGAACCUUACAACAAGAAGAACAAAACAAAGCCAAAGCAGCAAGUGUUAGCAAGCACAAUAAGCAGCAGAACAACAUUGUAGCUGAGAAUCUUCUGAAGUUCAACGGAAUUUUGGAAACCUUCAACGUGGAUGACCACAAUAAGCAUAAGGGUAACGCAGAAUUGAGGACAAUUCUGUUUAAAGAAGGAGGGAUUGAUGCAAUUAUAGGUAGCCCACAAUCCAAGUCAAAAGAAGAACAGCAUAAUUGCAUCAUUGUGCUUACUCAACCCAUUGAACCUAUGAAGUGCUUGGAAAAUAAAGAGGAUGAUCAUCAAAAUAGACUAAGCAUAAACAUGGAAUUAAGACAAAGACAAGAAGGAACACAAGGAAGUCUCCUAACAGCCAUCAAGCAAAACAGGAACAUGAACCAGUUCCCAAGUCUACAAACAGCAGAAUCAACAAAACAUCACAUUGCCUGCCAGCCUACCUUUCGAGCAUUAGAACGUCUAGCUUUGUGCAUGCAUGAGCAUGGAGAUCCAAGGAAUGGCAUCUCUAGACAUGUAAGAUUACACCAAGACUCAGAGGCAUCACAACGGACCCUCACAGAAGCCACAAGACCAGCUCCAAGGUCGCUUGUUCGCCUGACGUUUGAUAAUGGCUGAUUCAAAGGGCAAUCAAGCUGCCAGCCAUCAUCCACUGAGCAGCUGACCUUGAGGUCCUUCCACAGAGUCAACCUGAGCAUCCCAAGGUACACUAAGGGCAGUUUUGGAAUCUCUAUACAUGGACCUUUCCAUCAAGCCCUCAAGUGCCUCCCAACGAUGACAGCAAGACACCAAGAAAGGGAGCUGAAGGUCCCCUGUCAGACAGGAACAGGCUGGAAGUUUUAGUUAGCAUUCUGUUUUGUUGUUUUGUUUUUCUUAAUUGUACACGUGUUUUAAUUUUAGGCUUUGAGUUAGUUUUGUUUGUUAGCCUACUAAAACUAGCCGUUAAUAAUCCUCUAUAAAAGGACAUGAUCAUUGUAACAUAAACUUAGUUUAAGUUUUGAUUAAUACAGAUUUUCUUCAAAGUAAUUGUUGUUUCAAUUACAUCUCUGAGUGUGUUCUUUGUGAGUGAAGCAAAGAGUCAUUCAGUUUGUUCCACGAGGGUUAGGAGAGUGAAUCUUAAUCUUAGUGUGAGGAAGAGGCCAAUUGGUUGAGUGAAGACCAAUUUGUUUCUAUCCACGACAUAGAACCAUCCCCACGGAUUGUUCUAGUCACCCUUCUGUUUUCGCACAAAACAGAAGGUUUGUUGUUCUUUGUGUACAUUCAUAGUGUUCUUGGCCAUAUUCUUGAAGGCAUUGAGGAGGUUCUUG